AUGAUUCACAGUAAUCGUACCGAGUAUACACUUGAGCAGGUCGCGGAGGCCAAUUCACCAGAAAAUGCCUGGAUUGUGAUUCAUGGAAAGGUGUACAAUGUCUCGAGCUACCUGGAUGACCACCCAGGUGGCCGCGACGUUCUAUUGGAGCUGGCAGGCGGCGAUGCCACAAACGAUUUUGACUUUGUUGGCCAUUCCAAAUCAGCGUCGAAAGCCAUAGCUGAGUUUGAAGUCGGAGAUGUGGCUGGCUUCACUGUGCCCGCGAAACGGGAGGCUAGGCAACAACUGAUGGAGCCAGAGACAAAGCCACAGAAGCCCGAGAGAACAGUACUGUCACACUUCGGAAAUCGUACUGCGGCACGAGACUGGGCCCCUCUAUUCUUUCUUCUAAUCACGGCUCUUUACUGGGCCCUUCACGAAAAAACUCGACUUUCUGAACUGUUGAAUGGCGCUCCCUUGAACCUUGUCCUGUCGCUUUCACUUAUAACAGCUGCGCUGAUGUUCAGUGGGCGGAGCUACUGGCACAGCCUGUUCCACUACAGAGGCGUCUUUGAGUAUCCGCCACAUUACACUGUACUGUAA